CUUGCGCUCGUCCACGACGGCGACGACGACCACGACGGCGGCGGCAGCGAGGAAGAGCGUCGGGCAUGGCCUGCUCGCGUAGAGGAGACGGCGGGCAGCGGACGACGAGCGCGCCGCAUUGAAGUCGACGAGACGGCACCGACGACGACCAGCGGUUUCCGCGCCCCAUGAGCUCGACGACGGCAUCGAGCGCGAUGCUGAGCGCGAAGAUCGAGUCGUCUUGACGGCUUUCGGGCGACUCCCCGCUCACCGUCACCCGACGCGCAUAUGCGAUGAUUACGCGCGCUCGUCAACGCCGACGGCGGCGAGCUCAAGGCGUAACGCGAUUCAGAAACAUUUCUAUCGACGCCUUUCCGCACGCGGGCGACGGGGGUGCAACUGCGAUGAAAAACAUAUCCGCAAGGGGAUCCUGCGCACGCGUCGUCAACAUCGACGGCACCUCCGAUUUCGGCGAGAAGGGGUGGGAGGGGUGUGGGUACUUGCGCCUUGGGAAAAGAAAUUGUGCGCGCGCCGUCGAAAUUGGCAUCGCCCCCCGACGUUUAUGCGAGUGCAUACGCCCGGAAAAGGUUCGCCACUGCGCCGUCGUCUUCGCGGAGGGGCCUUGCUCGGUCGACGAGGGGGUGCGGAGUGAAGAGAGUGCGAGAGGGAGGUGCGCGACGAGGGCGGAUGAGGCCGCGGGUAGAGCGCGAUGGAGGGAGGGGUGGGGGUGCCCGGGUGGAUUGAGCGCGAGGGGAGAAAUGUUGUGCGAGUGAGCGCACCAAAGAAAGGUGCACCUUAUCCUGUCGCGGGGGUGCGGGACUCGACAGGAAAGGGUGCGAGCACGAACAGGGG